UGUAGGGUAUGCGCUUUUUGAUCGUAUCUCUGUGGGCUCUGCGGCUGUAGGCUCGUUGGCAGUCUCGUCGGCUUCCUCGCUCUGGGCCUCGGCACUCUCGCUGCAGAGCGCUAUGAGUGGGCGGCAAGGAGGACAGGCUGCUCACCCGCACCCGCAGUCACACACGCCGCACCCGCCGGUUCCUCCGCAUCCCAUGUAAUGGUCAUCCUUCGGAUGAUCUCGGCCCUCAUCCUCCUCACACAUUCAUUCAUCGAUCUUGAUGACGCAAGUCACCGUCGAUGCCAAUGAGCCAUGGUCGUCGGUGCCUCUAGCCAUGGUCAAGCCCAUCCACCUACUGAUCGCCAUCACCAUCACGCACAUCGUCAUCGCCACCCCCACCGUCCUCCUCCUCUUCCACCACCACUCGUUUGGUUGUUUCUUAAGAGGGCUGACGUCUCUGAAACCGCGGCGGAAUAGUGCGGCACAAGCUGGACUGGCAGGACGGAUCGAGUCGCGAGCACGGCCAAAUCGUCAAGUCCGCACACCUCUCUUCACAAAGACACAUAACCUGCAGAGGAGUAUUUGCAGGUGCUGACACACAUUCUCUCUAUCUUUUUCUCUUUCUCUCUCUCUCUCUCUCUCACCCCUCAUCCCACGCGUCUCGCUGCUCAUCACCGUUACAGCGGCUGGAGCGAAAGACCAAGGAGACCGAAGUGAUGGUGGAGCUGUGUUUGGAUGGAAGUGGGAGUGCCGAGGUGGAGACUGGUAUUGGUUUUCUGGAUCACAUGCUCACGGCCCUGGCCAAGCACGCUCGCUGGGAUCUUGUUCUGACGUGUGACGGUGACCUGCAUGUCGACGAUCAUCACACGGUCGAAGACUGCGCCCUCGUUCUGGGCUCGGCCUUCAAGGCCGCUCUUGGCACUGUGGCCGGCAUCGCUCGCUUUGGACAUGCCUAUUGCCCGCUCGAUGAGUCACUCUCGCGGGCAGUCGUCGACAUCUCAGGUCGCCCGCACGCUACAGUCGACAUCGAUUUCAAACGCGAGAAGAUCGGGGAGCUCUCGACUGAGAUGAUCCCGCAUGUCUUUACCUCGUUUGCUUCGACUGCUGGCAUCACCAUCCAUGUCACCAACCUCUACGGCGCCAACGACCACCACAAGGCCGAGUCGGCGUUCAAGGCUGCCGCCGUCGCCCUCCGCGCCGCACUCACCCGCGACAACUCUGCCGGUGUGCCGUCGACCAAGGGCGUUCUCUAGGUAAACAUCUUAUUCAUC